GCUACUACACAACAUCAUGUCUGUGUUCACGUUCAUGGGAACAAACAUCCUACGUCAAGACGACCAGUACAGCUUCCACGUGAUCUCCAGAAUCCUGGAAACUGUCAUUCCCGCGCUAGCAUUGGCGUGUGAGGAGAAAGUGACAUCGUCGGCCACUGCGUGUAGCCGUACGGACGUGAUGACGACGGUGUUGAGGGUGUUUGCAUCGGCGCUGCCACAUAUCCCGCGACACCGCCGAGUGGUGAUCUUCACCAAGCUGGUCGCCACUGUGGGGGAGAAGGAGUUUCUGUGGAGAUUCUUCUUGUUGGUCUUGGAGCACAGCAUCGUCGCUCACAGCAACGUCACACACAGACCCGACGAGGAGACUGAAUCGCUGGAUAAGAAAGAAAGUAGCCCGGUGUCUGACGACACUCUGACUUUCAUCACAAACCUCGCCGUGUCGUUUCCUCCCAACAUUCAGCUGUGUGCGGCGAGGAGCUCCAUCUCGUACGUCGCUGGUCUUCCUGUCGACAAACCGUCCCACACGGUGGUCCGACCCCGUGCCACGCCCAAACAGCUCAGCCGACUUGACAAAGAGGAAGCGGAGAUCUUCAGUUUCGCCUUCCACACAGCGAAGCAGAUGAGACACUUCAAGUAUUCUGUGAUCCACAUGUUCGUACACCUCUUCUCCAGCCAGGAGUUCAUCUCACAGGUGGCCGAAGCCCAUGGUGGAAGUUUAUUGAAGAGUUUUCAGAGAUUCUUGAGUGAGUUGCUGCAGUACAUUGCUAGCACCACUAAGAUGGCUGACAGAAACCAGGAUAACCCCACCUCCAAGUUCUGGAGAGCUCUGCUUCAUAAAACUUACGAACUCUUGGACAAGGUGGUGUCGCUGUUACCCGACAGUAUUUUUCUGACGGCUGUGUCUGGCUUGCUGGACCACGACCUGCCGACUGUGCAGUGUAAAGCGAUGGAGCUGCUCACCAACAAACUACAGCACAUGAAGGAUGUUGGUGGGACGGACCUACAGCAGAAGUUGUUGCCCCUGGUUGACCAGCUGUUGGCGGUCGUCAAGGCGAUGGUGCGACAUGUCAAGUCCGGUGAUGAGAGGGUGAAGACGGGAACCGUUGCCCUGUACACGCUCAAUGUUCUCUGUCGACUGCUCGGAGAAACAAACCCACAGCUCUUUAUUAAGGUACUGAGCCAGUCGACGCGUGUCCUCACGGCGUGUAAAGACAACCCGUCGGUCCUUGCCUGUGCUCUGCUCUGUAUCGCUGAGAUCUGCAGCAGUUUGAAGAUCCACGUCAUCCAGCACCUCAUCACGUUCAUGCCUAAAGUGUUCAAAAUCAUGAACAGAGAUCAGCUUAUUCGAAAUGAUCUGCUACAGCUGGGGGCUGUGACUGCCAUUCACCGCAUGGUGGAGUCCCUGCCUCAUUUCAUCAGUCCUUACCUUCUGGAGAUUACAAAACAGGUGUGUUGUAAUUUGUCACCUGAAAGGGGAAUUCCCCAGAAGCCGCAAGUACAACAGAGAUUGAAGGCAAUAAGACACACACUUGCCACAGUGAUUCCCACUCGAGUGUUGUUGCCAACUGUAAUAUCGUGUUACGACGACGCUGCGGAUAACAUGCAGGUGUGUGUGCCGAGUGUUUUGCUCUUGCUGGAGGAGCACAUUACAGCGAUGAAGAAAGAAGAUCUUGGCAGUUUCUACAACCAGCUACUGACGUUCUUCUUCACCGCCCUGUCGUUCAGAGAACUACACACCGAGGCUGAAUUAUCCCUGGUCACUGAAAUAGAGGCUGCGGUGAUGAAGACGCUGAUCACCAUGGUGAUGAAGAUGUCGGAAGCUUCGUUCAGACCAAUGUUAUUUAAGAUUUUCGACUGGGCGACUAGACAGGAUGGAAGCCGAGAUCGAGUGUUGGUGUUUUACCAACUUGCCAACAGACUGGCUGGGAAAUUGAAGAGUCUGUUUACCUUGUUUGCUGGUCAUAUCAUAAAGCAUGCUGCACAGACUUUGGAUGACAACAACAUAGCUAAAACAGAUACUAAAUACUUUGGCCCUGGUAAAGUAGCCCGACACAAGAGUUGUCUGCUGGUGACCUGCAUUGUCGACUGUCUGUACAAGUGUUUCCUGUACGACAGCGAGGGAUUCGUCAACAAGGAGCGCUUCGACAGUCUCAUGCAGCACCUCGUCGACCAGAUCGAGAAUACACAGCCUCGGUUUGAGGAGAGAAUCUCGCAGCACCUCGUCCCGUGUAUCACUCAGUUCGCGGUCGCGGCGCAGGACGACUCACUGUGGCGCUCACUCAAUUACCAGAUCCUGCUGAAAACAAGAAGUGCCACACCCAAGAUUCGUCUUGCAGCCCUGGAUGUGAUCGACGCCUUCAACAAGAAACUAGGAGAAGACUUCAUGUCCCUCUUACCAGAAACCAUUCCGUUCUUGGCAGAAUUAAUGGAAGAUGAUAACGAGGAUGUGGAGAAGCGCUGUCAGGCUGUGAUUGCAGACAUGGAGAAAACACUCGGCGAACCACUGCAGAAAUACUUCUAGAACAUCUUGGAAACACUCGGCAAAAUACUUCUUGAACAUUUUGCAAAUAUUCGGCGAAACACUGAACAGAAUUUUGACAGAACUAUUGAAGCAAUAUUUUGAGAACUUUCUUUGACUGCUGCAAAAAUAUGUCACAAAAUUAUUGUCCAAAUAAAACCAUUUCAAUUGACAUCUAGAACAUGGUGCAGCAAGCCAGUGAAGACGUGCUUAGUAAAUAAAUAUCACAGAGGUU